AUGCACUACAAAACGAAGGGCUCGUUGCGCAGGCACCAGAACCAGGAGUGCGGCCGUUUGCACCGCUGGAGCUGCCUCUAUUGCUCGCACAGCGUCAAACAGCGGUACAAUCUGAUGAUACACGUCGCCCACAGGCACAAGGACCGGUUCGCGGAGUUCCGCAAGUGGACGACGAUUAACGAGGCUCUAAUUUCAGAUUACAUGGAAUUCGAUCACAUAUUCGUCCCUCCGACGUUCGACGAGUUCCUGCAGGCGCCGAAGCCGUCGAAGAAAUCGAAAGAGGGCAAGAACUCGUUGAGGAAGCCGCCGGAGAGCGGCCCGCCGCCCUGCCGGCCGGGCUACAGCCCCGACUCGCAGUUCGCCUGCCGCCACUGCGGCAAACGGUACAAAUGGAAGUCGACGAUGCGCCGGCACGAGCAGGACGAGUGCGGCGAUCAGGAGCCCAAGUUCCAAUGUCCCUAUUGCCCCUACAAGGCGAAGCAGAAGGGCAAUUUGCGGGUGCACGUGCGGAAGCACCAUUCGCCGAACGCCGACGACGGGCUGACGGCUUUCAAGAAAGAAGUCAAGUCUGAUUAA